UGACCAACACGUCACCUUUAAAAAUCAUUUUGUAAAUCCCUUUUCCACGCUUUAAAGUCAAAUCAUUCAAAGAAAAAUUACUCCUCUGAUAAACGAAACUUCGCUUCGGAAUUUUUCUAAUCACACGAUGAUGAAUCGAAACCAAAAAAACGAGAUAAUACUUUAUCAUCGAAUUUUCGAGCUUGUGAUAUUUUUCGACCAAAAACAGGAAGUUCCCAGCAGUACAACGAUUUAUUUUUUAAAAAAUAAAAAUUCCUCAUCGGACAAUGGACAAUAUAACUUACUUCUGCAUUUUAUUAAUGAUCGCUCUUUCGUCUGAAAUAUACUACAUCGACGAAGAUGCCACAAUUAUAGUCGAAGAAAUCAACAUCGAAGAGGAGAUGAAAAAGGCAGAAAUAGUUCCAGACGUAGUGCCACGAGGACCGAAGAAACUGCUCAGAGUGCAAUUUCCUCAAGAACGUGAUCUGAUUCCGGGCCAACGACUGUUCUAUAGCCAGAUCAUCAUGCAGCCAGAAUUCUUUUACGACGAUUACGAAAGUGAAACAUAUUAUACCAUGUAUAUGACUCGAUUGACUAGAUAUGCGGAUACUCAAGAGCACUUCAAAAUAGACCCCUUUUACAAUCUAACCUACGGUAGAGACGAGCUGGGAUUUUGGAUAAUAAUCAAUAUGUGGGAAAAUAACACGCUGAAUGGUCGUACACUUGUAGAAUAUGAAACUCCGUUGGAUCCGUACGAUCGUAGAACUUGUGAUCGUUUUGCGUUCUUUGUAUUUAAGCAAAAAUACGAAAUAACCGAAUUACCCGAACCGGAAGAGCGAUCAAUUUAUUUGUAUGGAGAAUUACCUAAAACCGCAGCGUUUGCGAAGAAAUAUGAUCUAGGGGAUCCUUUGUAUGGCAAUUAUUUUGUCAACCAUUGGUAAUUCAUAAUUAGUACACAUAAAUUAAUAAGUAGGUGAUGCAAAUAUUCGAAUUCUCGUUAUAGAAAGUUUCUUUUUAAUCACAUAAAUACUUACUUGACCUCUCAUAAACAAGCAAACCGCCAGAAGUGUUGGUUAGGUAUGGUUUUGAACAAGAAUGCGAUUUUUUGAAAGAGAGUUUAUAAAAUCAAUUUUGACAAAUGAAAUUUUGGUGAGAAGGGGCUUUAGAAUUUAUAGGUAUUUUCUAAAAGAUAUAUUAAAUUCGGUGAAAUUAAAUGCAAAAUUAAGUUAUCUACAUAUGUAUUUAUGGAAAUUUAAAAUUGAAUGAAUCAGAUACUUAAUUACUAUUAAAAUGGGAAAGAUCUCAUUCCAUUAGUAUUUUUAAAAAUCAUUUUAAUAAAAUUUUUGUUU